AUGCAAAGCAUUUUAAAGCGUGCAAUUCCAUGUCGUGUUGCUGCUUCGAUUACACUUCUCUUAUUCAUGCGAGAAAAUCCAAAUGAAAUUGAUCGCCAAUCUAUCAUUGAUUUUUUUAUUCACUCAGUCGCAAAUCAUCAGAAUUGUCAUCGACGUCGAUUAUUUUUGGAUAUGAUCCCGGAAAUUAUCGUCAAUUUUAGCCGCAAAUUUUUUCACGCGCACUUUUUGACUCCAAUUUUGGAGAUGGCAAACGACAAAGUGGCAAGUAUUAGAUUGCAAUUGUGUCAUAUGCUUUCAAAAAUAAAAGCAAAUUUGUAUUUGCCCCAGGAUGAGGAAAUAUUGCUACGUGUAGAAGGAAUUAUUCGUGAUUUGCUUUCCAAAGAGCAAAAUUCAUCAACGCGACAAUUAAUUCAAACGUAUGCAUGUGAAUUAUCUCGAGCUGAAACCCGAAACAAGAAUGAUAAAUCGGAUGAAUUGAAACAAAAAGCGGAGAAUGAGAUUUGGAAUCAGAAGGAAUUAACUGUCGAAGGAACAGACAGUAAUGCUUCAGAGAAAUGCCUGAGAAGUGAAAAAAGAAUUAAUGACAAAAACGAUGGUCACUUAGAUAAGGGUCCUUGGCGUACACAUAUACAACGUUCCAAAACGGCUAUUGUACGACCACAACCGCAAGUUGUUGUCACACAGCGUAGUCCAAGUCCAAUGCCACGUAACUUUAGGACUACUGUGGAAGAACGAAAAUCACGACUUCCAUUAGCUACCACACAAAACAACAGAUAUUUAGAUACAAAACAUAAAACAACAACAACAACAGCAUCACCAGCGACAUCUUCAGUCAGCAGGACCUUACCAUUAACAAGUCGCAGAGGUAGCACUCAGACGACAACCAAAUCUUCUCUUUCAACAGGUCGCAGAAGUUCAACAACUUCAGCUGGAAAACCUCCAACUGGUUUAAGUGCUGAUAACACAAAUGUUUUAAUAUCAUUGACAGCACGUCGCUCCUCAGCAACUACCGUGAUGUCGCGUUCGGUGUCAUCUUUAAAUGGAAAAGUUGGAUUAAUGCCAUCACAAUCCACCGACUCAGUCACAUUAUUUGGCCAAGGACUUAUGAAAGUUCGCAGUUUUUCAAAUAUAGCCAGGACACCAAGUCAUCUGAGUAUGAAAGUGAAAAGUAUUAAUUGA